CCGCCGAGCUUUGUGUCGCCAUUGAUCGAGGAGUCUGGCACGGCCUCCCGUGACGGCAGAAGCGUGGCUGCGAUUGGGCGAACCGGCCGGGCGGUUCCGCGGGCCCGUCCCUCAGCCUCGCUACCGGCGCGCCCGUGCGACGUGGGAUUGGCCGGAGCUCGCAUGCCCACACUGGGCUCUGAUUGGUUAGGGUGGGGCUGUGGGCGGUGCUGCAGUGAGCCGCUGUCAUGGCGGAGCUGAGUGAGGCGCUGCUCUCGGUGUUGCCGUCCAUCCGGGUGCCCAAGGCCGGCGACCGGGUCCACAAGGACGAGUGCGCCUUUUCCUUUGACACGCCGGAGUCAGAUGGCGGCUUAUAUAUCUGCAUGAACACGUUCCUGGGCUUUGGGAAGCAAUAUGUGGAAAAGCACUAUCAGAAAACAGGCCAGCGGGUCUACCUUCACCUCAAAAGAACACGUAAACUGAAGGAAGAAGAUACCAACUCCACUGCUGGGGACCCCCCAAGGAAGAAACCAACUCGCUUGGCUAUUGGUGUAGAAGGUGGAUUUGAUAUCACGGAGGAAAAGUUUGAGUAUGAUGAAGAUGUAAAAAUAGUAAUUUUCCCAGAGCAUUUGGAUAUUCCUCGCGAUGGGCUGGAGGGACUACCAGACAUGGUCAGAGACAGGAUUGCCAGUGCAGUCGAGGCCAUCCUGACAGCAGAUUCAGCUUCACGGAAGCAGGAGGUGCAGGCAUGGGAUGGGGAGGUUCGACGUGUAUCCAAACACGCUUUUUCCCUGCAACAACUUCAGAAUGAUGUCCGUAUCCCGCCGUGUGGCUGGAAGUGCAGCAAGUGUGACAUGAGGGAGAACUUGUGGCUGAACAUGACUGAUGGAGCCAUCCUCUGUGGUCGGCGUUAUUUUGAUGGCAGUGGUGGCAACAAUCAUGCAGUCGAGCACUACCGGGAAACUGGCUACCCACUGGCUGUAAAACUGGGAACAAUUACUCCUGAUGGGGCUGAUGUCUACUCCUACGAUGAGGAUGACAUGGUGUUGGAUCCCAACCUGGCAGAACACCUUGCUCACUUUGGGAUUGACAUGCUCAAGAUGCAGAAGACAGACAAGACAAUGACAGAACUGGAAAUAGACAUGAACCAGCGCAUUGGGGAGUGGGAGCUCAUCCAGGAGUCUGGCGUGCAGCUUAAGCCCCUCUAUGGGCCUGGGUACACUGGGAUCCGUAACCUGGGCAACAGUUGCUACCUCAACUCUGUGAUGCAGGUGCUGUUCAGUAUCCCAGACUUCCAGAGAAAGUAUGUGGACAAGCUGGAGAAGAUAUUCCAAAGUGCACCUUCGGACCCCACACAGGACUUCAGCACACAAGUAGCCAAACUGGGCCAUGGACUGCUUUCUGGGGAGUAUUCAAAGCCAGCUUCUGCAGAUGGGGAACAACAGCCCGAUCAGAAGGGUAUGCAGAAUGGCAUUGCUCCACGCAUGUUUAAGUCCCUCAUUGGAAAGGGGCACCCAGAAUUUUCCACUAACCGACAGCAGGACGCCCAGGAGUUCUUUCUGCAUUUCAUCAAUAUGGUGGAGAGGAACUGCCGCAGCUCAGAGAACCCUAAUGAGGUCUUCCGUUUUUUGGUGGAGGAGAAGCUGAAGUGCCUGGCCACAGAAAAAGUGAAAUAUACCCAGCGUGUGGACUAUAUUAUGCAGCUGCCUGUGCCCAUGGAUGCUGCACUGAACAAAGAUGAACUACUGGAGUAUGAGGAGAAGAAGCGGCAGGCAGAGGAGGAGAAGCAGCCACUGCCAGAGCUGGUGCGAGCCAAGGUGCCUUUCAGCUCCUGCCUAGAGGCCUAUGGAGCUCCAGAGCAGGUGGAUGAUUUCUGGAGCACAGCCUUGCAGGCCAAGUCUGUGGCUCUCAAAACAACACGAUUCGCCUCUUUCCCAGAUUAUCUAGUGAUCCAGAUCAAGAAAUUCACUUUCGGUCUGGACUGGGUGCCCAAAAAGCUUGAUGUCUCCAUUGAAAUGCCAGAGGAGCUGGAUAUCUCUGCACUGCAGGGAACAGGGCUGCAAGAUGGAGAAGAAGAAAUGCCAGACAUCGCACCCCCACUGGUGACACCAGAUGAGCCCAAAGCACCCAUGUUGGAUGAGUCAGUGAUUAUCCAGCUAGUGGAGAUGGGCUUUCCCAUGGAUGCUUGCCGCAAAGCCGUGUAUUACACAGGGAACAGUGGGGUUGAGGCUGCCAUGAACUGGGUCAUGUCACAUAUGGAUGAUCCAGACUUUGCUAACCCAUUAGUUCUCCCUGGAUCCAGUGGGCCAGGGUCUACGAUUGCCUGCCCAGACCCUCCUUCAGAAGACAGUGUGGCCACCAUUGUCUCCAUGGGCUUCUCCCGGGACCAAGCUAUGAAAGCGCUUAGAGCCACGAACAACAGUCUGGAGCGUGCUGUGGAUUGGAUCUUUAGUCACAUUGAUGACCUUGAUGCAGAAGCUGCUAUGGAUAUUUCAGAGGGGCGGUCGGCAGCUGAGUCCAUCUCUGAAUCUGUUCCCGUGGGUCCUAAAGUGCGUGAUGGGCCUGGAAAAUAUCAGCUGUUUGCCUUCAUCAGCCACAUGGGCACUUCGACUAUGUGUGGACACUAUGUUUGUCACAUCAAGAAAGAUGGCAGGUGGGUGAUCUACAAUGACCAGAAAGUCUGUGCUUCUGAGAAGCCCCCCAAGGACCUGGGCUACAUCUACUUCUACCAGCGGAUUCCCAGCUAGAACAUCUUCUUGCUGUGUGUGGUGGGGGGGAGUGGUCUGACGGCGUGUGGGGGCAGUGAGGAUGGGAGCAGGGUCCUUCUCUUCCCUACUCGUCUCUUCAUGUCCUGUCUAUGGAGACACGCGAGGAGACAAGAGUUCCCUGAGUAAUAAACUGGGGGCUGGAGCCCCCAUGGACAUGAGUGAAGGGGGUCUGGGAGGGGGUGGGGGUGGGAAUAUCUUUCCAUAGGAAAUGUCCUCACUGUCCCCAUCCUUGUGACACACAGCCCUAGUGCUUUGCUGCUUGGUGGGAUGAUGCCACCUCCUUGCUGUCUGGGAGGAGGUGGCUUGUGUGUAUGUGUGGCUUGUAUGUGGGGGGGUUCCUCCUGCCUACCCUGCUGGGGAGGGUGCUGGGCAGGCAGCGAGGUGGGCCACGAGCAGUGCCCCCCUCCCCCUUGUGUGCCCUUUACAUGCCAAAUACACGAGGGACAAAAUAAAAGUCGAAAUAUC